UUCCGACCUUGAGCACGUGCGCGCGCGUUCGACACUGUUCGACACGCCAGGAUCAAACGACCGGGCGGACGAGUCGAGUGUCCCCCGUCAACGUGGAUCCUGCCGGACAGCGUCCAACAGCGCCGAGGCCCGCCCGUUCUUUCUCGCGCGCAGCGCGCGCCCCUCCGUCGGCUGUAACUCCGCUCGCGCGCAGGGCGUUGUGCAAGACAAGGUGGUGUCCGGGUACAAGUAAAAAUUUCGCAACACCCCGCGAUGCUGACCCCGCGCUUCGAGAUCACGCAGACCGACGCGGAGGUGACGAUAGUCGUUCACGCCCCGUACGUGAAUAUAAAGGACACGGAGGUGUACGUCGACGGGACGGACUUCCGCUUCCUCGCCUCCCCGUAUUACCUGCGGCUGCGGAUGCCGGGCGCGAUCGAGGAGAACAGCACGUCCUCCGGCGACUACGACUGCGAGAAGGGCGACUUCACCUUACGUUUCUCCAAGGUCAACAAAGGGGAGCACUUUGAGAAUUUGGACAUGAUAACGACCCUUCUGGCGCCGCCGAAGAGCGCGGGCGCUAUUAUACCCAACAUCGAAGUGAUCGGCAAGUCACGGGAAUGUAAUCCAUCCGCGGCCUCGGCGGACAUCUGCGAGGGCAACGCCUUGGACGAUUCCGGAAACGAAUGGUUUGUACCUCAGGAUAACGUUCCGGAGGUGCAAUUUCUUGUAAACUCCCCAAAGUAUGGCUUCGCUAACAAGAAAUCCGGAAUUUUACAUGCCUUCGAGGCAGCGUGGGUCAAGGAUAUAACGGAUCUUCCCACGCCUGACACAACCCCCGAGACGGAAAGAAAAACUUUACAGCAGCAGCGUGAACUAAACGACUUCUGCGAAAACCACUAUAUAGCAGAUCUCGUGGAGGUGGAAAACAUUAAACCUUGCAUAACGUAUGCGGCAGAAUGGGACACGCUACAGAAAGACCAAGUCGCGUUAAGCGAAGCCGAGGUCGAUAUAUUAAAGGAACUUCCAAACAGAGAAUAUUUAUUAGACUCCAAAGACGUACAAAAAUUAUGUUUCAACGUUAUCGACAUCUUAUACGCCAGUUGCUACAAUCACCGGACAACAUUAGGAGAAAACACCUCGGAGAGCAGCUGGACCAUUAAUAAACUGAGCUCUACCUUAUGUUGGUUCCAAAAUUUCACUUCUCUAGACGAAGUUAUAACAGCGUGCAUUCGAAGAUCGCUUUGUUAUCCGAUUUAUAGAAAUUGGGAACUUUCCAUCAAGGUGUUUGAGGACCUUAAAAUCGUCCUGUCGUUAGGAAGGAAAUACAUCGUUAAACGCUUCUGCGAAAUACAUAGCCUUUUCAAUGAGUCGUACGAAAUGAGAUACGUACUAAACCAGUUGUACAUAAUAGACUUUUUAAUUUGGCUGCAAACGUUACCUGAAUCCGUAAUAGAAUCGCUUCAUUCUGCGUUAAGUGAGAUUCAUCCGAACAAAGCAAGCAUGGGAUUUCAUUUAAUAGAGCUGGAAGUGGCAACUUACUCCGUUCAAGAAGAGGACUUUGUUAUAGAAAAUACUAUUCACAAAAUGACCGACAACAUUGAUCAGAUGACCCUGAACGAUAGCAAUCAGGAGAAGCCAAAGAAUGUAUACCAUGUUAACCAAAAAUUUUUUAAGUAUUUAUUAUCGAGCAGUUCAAGUUCCACGGACAGCAGUGACUCUGACACGGACUCUGACAGUAAUACGUCAAGCAGCAGCAGUAGCAGCAGCAGUUUAGAUUCGGACGAUCUAGACGACGAGCCCAAAUGAAUGAAAAAAAGUUGAUGGCCCCCGAUGAUUAAUCAUCCACUUGUUAUGUGAUGUGUAAUGCAACCCGGCAAAUUAAACAUCGACUUCUGUAAUAAGCAUAUAAUUUUUUAAUUGUCUACUAACAAGGGGCAGUGUAAUAUGCUGUUAUUUUUUGUAUAUUUACAUAUUCAUUAUUUUAUGCGUAUGCUUCGCCUUGUACGUGUAAGAUCGUGAUGUUCAAAGAUAAUCUUCCUAACUAAUUCGUUAACGAAUUGCGUUAAUAAAUGCAUCUGGAUUGUGAUAAAAAUAAUAUGAAAUCAAUAUGGUUCUCAUUAAUAAAAUUAUAUUUUUUAAGGAA